AUGUCAGGAGAAGCUGUCAAGCUCGAAUUUGAGCAGUCUACAACAGACGCGCUCGAAGCGUGGCAGCAAUCCAUUCGUGACAACGCCAUCAACAUCCUUCAAAAGACAUUGCCGGAAAAGAUUCUUUCGCUGAAUGCAAGGAUCGCCGAAGUCGAGAGCGACGGGCAAUCUCUCUUCUCAAAAGCUCACUACUUUGAGCCUGUAACCAUUGGUAGCGAUGUAGCUGUCUACGCGUCUUCUGCGUCGCACGAUGACGCUGGCUCGAGUAGCAAGAAGCGCAAGACAGUCGAUGUCCGGGCUGUGAACGGUGAUUCGCCUUCGUCAGACGCUGCACACGUAUACACCGGCGUAGUCCACACGCCAGCCUUCCUAAUGCGCGCAUUCGACGAGCUGCGCAUCGAAUGGGACCAACUCAUCGAAACCAUGGAUUCGCUCAAAAUAUACAUCAACCUCCAAAUGCCGCAGAUCGAAGACGGAGAUACUUUCGGCGUUUCGAUCCAGGAAGAAGCGCUCAACGAAAUCAUCCGCACCCAAGAGUCAGCUUACACACUCAUCUCCACCCCUUUCACAUACCACUCUACAAGAGGUGACCUCGCGGCCAAACUGGUCAAGUUCCCAGGUGUGCAGGACUACGAGAAAGCGAUCCUCGAGCAUGACAGAAAAACGGUAUAUAGAUUAAAGAUGUACUUGACCGACAUCAGGAACAUGUACGCUGUGGUGUUUGACAUCGUCAAGAAGAAUAUCGGCAAGAUCAGCAAGCCGAAGAGUGGCAACCAGAUGGGUUCGUAUGGUUAA